AACACGGCUAUUCUCACCGGAAAGGCUGUUUCGGUCCCGGUCAAGGUCCUGGCAGUUCAGGAGGAUGGUUCCGUGGUGGACGUGUCGGAGGCUGUGGAAUGCAGGUCUGCGGAUGAAGACGUCGUCAAGGUUUCCGAUGGCUGCGAUUCCAUUUUUGUGAACGGAAAGGAGAUGAAGAGCAAAGUGGACACGAUCGUGAACUUCACCCACCAGCACUUCACCUCCCAGUUAGAGGUCACGGUCUGGGCGCCCAGACUCCCACUGCAGGUGGAGAUCUCGGACACAGAGCUGAGCCAGGUCAAAGGAUGGAGGAUCCCGGUGGCCUCCAACCGAAGGCCCACCCGAGACAGCGAGGACGAGGAGGACGAGGAGAAGAAGGGGAGGGGGUGCUCCCUGCAGUACCAGCACGCCCUGGUGCGCGUCCUCACCCAGUUCGUGGCCGAGGCGCCCGACUUGGGUCAGCUGAGCUACAUGCUGGGCCCUGACUGGCAGUUUGACAUCACCGACCUCGUGGUGGACUUCAUGAAGGUGGAAGAGCCGAGAAUUGCUCAGUUACAGGAUGGCAGGACCCUGGUGGGUCGGGAGCCAGGCAUCACCACCGUGCAGGUCCUGUCGCCUCUUUCCGACUCCAUCCUGGCUGAGAAGACGGUGAUUGUCCUGGAUGACCGUGUCACCAUCUCCGACCUGGGGGUGCAGCUGGUGGCUGGCUUGUCUCUUUCCCUGCAGCCUCACAGGGCGGACAGAAGGGCCAUCAUCUCAAAAGUGGCUGCCCAGGAUGUUCUUCAAGCCCCACAGCAGGAAGCAAUAGCCAGUUCUUGGAUUUUGUUCAGUGAUGGAUCGGUGACACCUUUAGACAUUUAUGAUCCCAAGGAUUUUUCCGUUACUGUCUCCUCAUUGGAUGAAAUGGUGGUGUCUGUCCAGGCAAACCUUCAGUCCCAAUGGCCGGUUGUGGUUGCAGAGGGUGAAGGGCAGGGGCCCUUGAUUAAACUGGAAAUGAUGAUCAGUGAACCCUGUCAGAAGACCAAGAGGAAGAGUGUUCUUGCUGUGGGUAAAGGGAACGUCAAGGUCAAAUUUGAACCGAGUAUCGAUGAGCACCAAGGAGGUACCAACGAUAUUGAGGGCAUAAACCGGGAAUAUAAAGACCACCUCAGUAAUACCAUAGAGCGUGAAGGAAACCAGGAGAGAGCAGUUCAGGAAUGGUUCCAACAUGGCGCCUCUGUUGGCCAAGAGGAAGGUGCCAACAAGAGCACAACCUCCCUGUCUCCCGUGGAAGGAAAGGAUAAGAAGUUGCUCAAGAGUAGGGGUCCAGACACCUUCACAAGCUUCCCCACUCAAGGGAAGUUACCGGAACUCCAUAAUCCGAGCGACCUCACAGUGACCUCCAGGGGGUUGACCGACUUGGAGAUUGGCAUGUAUGCCCUGCUCUGUGUCUUCUGCCUGGCCAUCCUGGUCUUCUUGAUCAACUGUGUGGCAUUUGCUUGGAAAUACAGACACAAAAGAUUUGCUGUGAGCGAGCAAGGCAACAUCCCCCACUCCCACGACUGGGUCUGGCUCGGGAAUGACGUGGAACUUCUGGAGAACCCCGUGGACGUGACCCUCCCGUCGGAGGAGGGCACGACCAUGGUGGACAGGGGGCUGCCGUUCGAGGAGAGGAACUUCCUUCUGAACGGUGGGUCCCAGAAGACUUUCCAUAGUCAGCUGCUCCGACCUUCUGACUAUGUCUACGAGAAAGACCUUAAGAACGAACCUCUGAGUUCCUCGGGCCCAAAGAGGAAGAGGGUCAAGUUUACUUCCUACACCACCAUCCUCCCGGAGGACGGCGGCCCCUACACCAACUCCAUCCUGUUUGACAGCGAUGACAGCAUCCAGUGGGUCUGCCCAGACAUGGGGCUGGGGGAGUCCCAGGGCUUUAGAGACUACAUGGAGAGGCUGCAAGACCAGAUGUGAACUCCUUUCUCAUGUUUGUAUUCACCUUUAUGCCUUCUGUUUUCUGAACGGUGGAACCGUGAGUUGGAUCAGCAAUAGCGGAUGAGGGAACAAAGCUUCAUUUGUGGAGGUCUGGCGGGGAUCCCUUUCCAACAGGUCCCAGAGAGAGCAAAGGCAGCUGGGUUUCAAGCCAGGCAAUAUCUCCAAAUCGGCCACGUGUAGGUCCGGGAGAAAUCCUAAGACCACAGUUUUUAUCUGCCGCUUGGUACUAGCUCCAUACAAAUCUAAUAAACCUGACCCCACAGACAUUGUUAGUCAUCUCAUGACAAAACGGCCGUGUGGAAUUAGGAAAGACUUAGGUUUGAUUUUUUCUACUCCUAGACCUUUUAAAGCACAGUGGACAUUUCUUGCCCUUGGCCUGAGAUUGGACAUACUCGAAAGAUGCUGAAUGUAGCCGCCCAUAUUUGUUAUGAGCACUGCUCAUUAUUUUUAUAUCUCUUUGCAUCUGCACCUCAUUCCUUUGACCUCUGCAGUUCUUUUUGACACAUGAAGGCAAGAAAUUUCAGUCUUUUCUCUGAGAUCGGUUGGAUUUCCCUAUGAGUUUUAGUCACUGAGAUUUGCCACCCCAUGUUAAAUAACCCAUGUUAUUUCCUGGGUGUCUGUGCAGGAUUUCAGGUUCUUUUCCAGUUUUCCGCGUUUCAUCAUCUAAGGGGCAACAUCGAAGAAGCUCAUCCUCACGCCGUCUUUCCUUCUUUUUGUUGUUGAACUUUCUUGUAUCAGAUGGGGACAUGGGAUUUUACUUAAAAAUAUUAUUAUACUGUGAGGGAGGGCCAUCUUCUUGACAGUUUUCUACAUGACGCUUAAAAACUUUGGAACAAAUUUGUGAACCAUGAACUUUUACUUUUAUCUUCUGCUUGUGGGAGUCACAAGGAACUCCUUCCUGGAGUGUGCUUCUGAGGGCAAAAAAAAUGUCCUCCCUAUUGUCAUAUUUGUACUAAUGCUUUGUGGUCCGCACCAUUUGUUAUCCAAAUGGAAAUCACAGUCUAGAAAUGAUAUGCACAGAAAGGAAAUCGCAUAGGACAUACCUUCAGAUUAAGCUUUUCUUUUGCCAGAACAAAACUUUUGAAAACCAUAAGCGAAAUGAUGUUUCAACUUAGCAAUACGUAGAAAUCUAUCCAUAUGAUAAUCCCUGCCCCCUCAC